UGUGUGUGUGUGCAGCCCCCUCCCCCAGCCUUGACCCUUGGUCGUCCCACCUUCCUUUCUGGGGACUUGAGUUCCGCCACUCCUCUGUGGGGACCCCGGGGCUUCAUGCAAGCCUCCAGCCUGGUGGGUGUCUACAGGGAGGGCUCUCUGGCUCCUGAUGAGAAGUCUCCCUGCUGCUGCUCCCCACCGUGCUUCCCUGGCUGGACGAGAAGUGGGUAGAGGCCUGGCCCUCCCCGGCAUCUCCCAGCUCUGGGACGCGGCUGGAGCCCGCUGGCCGACUCCCCUCCAGUGGGUGUUUGCAGUCGGACACCUCCCUCCUCCCAGGCCUCGGCCUGGCCCGGCCAGCCCCUCCCCACCCCGGCCCGCGCCUCCCCAGCCUCUCCGUCCUGGCACGGCCUCGGCCCUGCCUGCUCCUCCGUGGUCCCGGGCGCCUUGCUGGGCGCUGCCUCCUCCUCCUCCUCCUCCCCUUUUCGCCCCAGCCCUGCCCUGGACUCUGCACCCAUGAGGGUCCUGGCCUGCCUCCUUGCAGCUCUGCUGGGGAUCCAGGCCGUGGUCCCUGGCCUCGCCAGUGCCCCAGCAGGGACCACACCUCUCCUCCCACCCCCAGAGCGGCUGCGCCUGGCCGACGGCCCCCACGGCUGUGCUGGCCGCCUGGAGGUCUGGUAUGGCGGACGCUGGGGCACCGUGUGUGACGACGGCUGGGACCUCCGGGACGCCACGGUGGCCUGCCGCGAGCUGGGCUGCGGGGGGGCGCUGGCCGCUCCCGGGGGCGCCUUCUUUGGGGAGGGCACGGGGCCCGUGUGGCUCAGCGAGCUGGCCUGCCAGGGCCGCGAGGGGCGGCUGGGCCUCUGUCCCCACCGGGGCUGGAAGGCCCACAUCUGCUCGCACGAGGAGGACGCGGGCGUGGUCUGCGCAGGCCAGCGGGUGGCAGACUCCCGGGAUGACUCAACCUCCCCGCUGGUUGGGGAACUGUGGCCGGGGCUGUCUGCAGAGCUGAGCCCUGCCUCCGAGGAGCCCCCCAUGACUCACGCCCCCCGCCCAGCUGGGAGCCCCCAGAACAGCCCCCGGAAGAAAAGCCCCCGGCCGCCCAAGCAGACCAAGUCCACCCGAGCCCCUCUGCUGACGACUGGGGCCCCCCGCCAAGACCGGCUGCGCCUGGUUUCGGGGCCCCACGGCUGUGCUGGCCGCCUGGAGGUCUGGCAUGGUGGCCGCUGGGGCACGGUGUGUGACGACGGCUGGGAUCUCCGGGACGCCACGGUGGCCUGCCGCGAGCUGGGCUGCGGGGGCGCGCUGGCCGCCCCUGGGGGUGCCAGAUUCGGGCCCGGCUUGGGGCCCGUGUGGAUGGACGAUGUGGGGUGUGGUGGCGGCGAGCAGGCCCUCCGGGACUGUCCCCGAAGCCCCUGGGGCCGGAGCAACUGUGACCACAGCGAGGACGCGGGGCUGGUCUGCACGGGCCCUGCCCCGAGGCUGCGCCUGGCCGACGGGCCCCACGGCUGUGCCGGCCGCCUGGAGGUCUGGCAGGGCGGGCGCUGGGGGUCGGUGUGUGACGACGCCUGGGACUUGCGUGACGCCGCCGUGGCCUGCCGGGAGCUGGGCUGCGGGGCGGCGCUGGCUGCUCCAGGGGGCGCCUUCUUUGGGGAGGGCUCUGGCCCCAUCAUCCUGGAUGACCUCCGGUGUUUGGGAAACGAGACAGCCUUGCGGUUCUGCCCUGCGCGGCCCUGGGGCCAGCAUGACUGUCACCAUCGCGAGGAUGCUGGGGCUGUGUGUGACGGCAUGCCCCUCGGCUAUGUGGCCUCCACAGCCCCCGCAGGGGACCGAAACAGCUCGGCAUCCGGGGAGGCAGCCCCCGGAUCCUCCCCCAGCACCUCGAGCCGGGCUCCAGGGACCGCAGGCAGCUCGCCUCCUCCAGCCUCUCCUACUGCCGCACGAGAGCCGGGCCCAGAUGCGGGGUCUCCCCAGCUGCGCCUGGUGGCCGGGCCCAGCAGGUGCUCAGGCCGGCUGGAGGUGUGGCACGAUGGGCGCUGGGGGACGGUGUGUGACGACAGCUGGGACACGCAGGACUCGGCCGUGGUCUGCCGGGAGCUGGGCUGUGGGGGGCCUCGGCAGCCGGAUCCUGCUGCGGGCCGCUUCGGCUGGGGCGCCGGCCCCAUUUGGCUGGAUGAUGUGGGCUGUGUGGGGACGGAGGCUUCGCUCGCUGAUUGCCCUGCUGCUCCCUGGGGGAAACACAACUGCGCUCACAAUGAGGACGUCGGCGUCACGUGCACUGGGAGCCCUGGUUUGGACACCAUCGCAGACCCCUUCAGCUGGAGCUGGCUCCCUGGCCUGGGUAGAGAUCGAGAUGCUUGGCUCCCGGGAGAACUGGCCACCAAGCCCUCUGCAAGUCUAACCUCUAGUGUUCCCGAAAAAACAACCACUAAGGCCCCAGGGAAAACCCCCAAGAGUACUAAGAAGUGGGUGACCAAAAACGCAAAGAGACCAACCACUCAGCCUCCCAGGAUGCCAACCACUAAACACCCCAGAGGCCUGGGUACCCAAAGCUCCCCAGAACUAACCUCACAGACCAAAACUCUGACCACUGAAGCUUCCCCAAAACGAACCUCUGAGUUACCAAAAAGGCUGCCCACGGAGGCUCCCCACAGAUGGACCUCAUACCUCACCUCCAAGACAACUCCUCGGGCCCUCUGGGAAUGGCCCUCAGGGACCACGACAACACUGUCCCCUCAAGGCCCUCGAGAAAUGACCUCUGAGACCACCAUCGAACAAAUCCAUCAGGCCUCCCUGGAGCCAUCUGCUGAGACUCCAGCUUCCUCCCCCACGGCCAGCAUCUCUAGGGAAUCGGGCCCCUUCCGGGUUCGUCUGGCCGACGGGCCCAACAGGUGUGCUGGCCGGCUAGAAGUGUGGCAUGCCGGACGCUGGGGGACAGUCUGUGAUGACAACUGGGACCUGCGGGAUGCCACUGUGGUCUGCUGGGAACUGGGUUGUGGAAAGGUCCGCGCCCGAGUGGGCAAAACCCACUAUGGCCCAGGGACCGGGCCCAUCUGGUUGGAUGACAUGGGCUGUAAGGGCAGUGAGACCUCGCUGAGCGACUGCCCCUCAGGGGGAUGGGGGAAGCACAACUGUGACCACGAGGAAGACGUGGGGCUCGCUUGCACUGGCUACACAGAUGAUGACGAUUAUCCCUCCUGGACCUGGGACCCCACUUUGGGAGAGGAUCUGGCCAAAGGGGCCACCACGGCACCAGGGCCUGGACGUGCUCUUCCAUGGGGUACCACCAGGCACCCAGGGAUCUCCUCCCCGGCAGCACGGCGCCCUCCAGUCACAGGUGGCCAGGAUGGUUACAAACUUUCCGGGACAUGGGACACGCCUUUGGACAGGAGCCCGGUCAAGGGGACGCCCACCACAGCCAGGCCAGCACCCACCCCUUUCAGUGGCACUACCAGGCACCCAGGACACCCCUCUCCGGCUCCCAGGGCCCGGGGGGACACAGGUUCCCCGCGGAGGCCGGGGCCCGACCAUCGCCUGCUGCGGCCCACUGCAGCCCGGGCAGCGCCUCCCACGCGGCGCCCGGCCCCCUCCGCCUCGCCUGGGCCGCCGCUGACCUCUGACUCAACCUCUGUCCCUCCGGGCACCUCGGCGCCCACCCCGGACCUGCCCUCCUCGACCACGCCCGACCUCGCUCCCGCACCGACCUCACUGCCCACUGCGCCCCAGGAGCUGACGUCUGAGCCCUCUGCACCGCCAGAGGGGACCCCGGGAUCUGACACAACACCAGAUUUGGGCACAGCCACAGGAACUUCUGGAUCCCCAGAGCGCUCCACGAGCCCGCACCCCACUACUGCCUCAUACUCCACCACCGCCCCGAACCCCACCACCGCCCCGAUCCCCACCACCGCCCAGUACCUCACCACAACCCCGCUCCCCACCACAACCCCGCUCCCCACCACAACCCCGCUCCCCGCCACAAGCCCCCACCACACCACUCCUCCUCCUCCUACCAUCUCUGACCCCACCCGGCCUCCCAACCCCUCCUCCAGCCCUGUCAUCACCACUCAGUCUCUUGCGACCUCCCCAGGGACAGAGUUCCCCUCCUCCACCCCAGCACCGAGGGUUAUGCCCAGCCUGCACCCCCAGGUGACCUCUAAGGGGGCCCCUCACACCCCCACAUCUCAGAUGUGGAGCCCAGCGCCCUCUCCGGCCUCAGAGGCCAGCCCCUCCAGGUUUCCUCCAGCCUCAAGCACGGAUCCACUGUCCACUAAGGACUUCAGGACCCCCAGGAGCCAGAACCCCACACUAACCCCACCACAGACCCAGACCCCGGCCCCAGCCUCCAGCCCCACUGUGAUCUCUGACCUCCCCCUCCCACCCACAUCCCAUCCCUUGGAUCAACCUCCCCUUGACCACCUCCCCUUAGGGCCAAGUCCUGGUCAGACCCUGGACCCCCUUGGCCCCUGUGCCUCCCCAGCACCCCCUAUGAGGGUCAUGGCUUGUGAGCCGCCUGCCUUGGUGGAGCUGGUGGCUGCUGUGAGAGACAUUGGUGGCCAGCUGCAGAGGCUGACCUGGGUCCUGGAACAAGACCUGCAGGAACGCCAAGCCCUGGGGCUAGGGCUGGCCCAGCUGGUAGAGGCUGCCCAGGGCCUGGGGCAACUGGGUGAGACCGUAAAGAGACUGGCAGAAGUGGCCUGGCCCCCCAGCACACCUAUACCCACCACCACCACCCCAGAGGAGGAGGAGAGACCUCUGAGGGGAGAUGUAUGACCCUCUCCAAGAUGUGGGAGUUUAAGCUCCUCUCAGACAAACCAAAGAAAAUCAUAGUAUCUAACUAAAAA